AUGACCGAACGACGCCCCUCGGGGUUGGAAAGGAGUCCAACUGCGCCAUCCAUCAUGUCAAAUGGUCACUUUGCUUCGGUUGGCGCCGAAGGCGACGCCGCCUCCUACAAGCAUGGCGUGCAGGUAAUUGAUGGGGAUAAGGAGUUCAAUCCUAACUUGUCCAAGUAUUUGUCCCUUGAGAAUGUUACGCCGGCUGGUUUUAACUACCAUCUCAUCUCUGUGUUCGGUUCGCAGUCCACCGGAAAGUCAACACUGCUCAACAACCUUUUUGGAACCGAAUUCUCCGUGAUGUCCGACCAGGAAAGACGACAAACGACCAAGGGCAUCUGGCUGUCGAAGAACAAGAAGCAGGGCGAAAUUGGCGCAGCCGAGCGCAUGGCAGAUAACAUUUUGGUCAUGGAUGUUGAGGGAACCGAUGGCCGCGAGAGAGGCGAGGAUCAAGAUUUUGAGCGCAAGAGUGCGCUGUUUGCACUUGCGACAAGUGAGGUCCUUAUCGUCAACAUCUGGGAGCACCAGGUGGGAUUGUACCAGGGAGCCAACAUGGGAUUGUUGAAGACCGUGUUCGAGGUCAACUUGCAGCUGUUCUUGAAGGAUAAGCAUACUACUCACCGUUCACUGUUAUUCUUCGUCAUCCGUGAUUUCAUCGGCACAACACCACUUAAGAACCUGCAGAAGACAUUAUUGGAAGACCUCGGCCGUCUCUGGGACACAAUAUCAAAGCCUGCUGGCUUCGAGAAGGCAUCAAUCCACGACUACUUCGAUUUCCAAUUCUAUGGACUUCCCCACAAGGGUUACCAGCCUGAACAAUUUGUGGCAGAGACGAAGAAGCUUGGUCUACGUUUCCGAGAAGGUCACCGGGACUCUAACAAGGUCGCGCUCAGGGGCGAGUUCUCCGAGGGUGGUGUCUUCCUGCCAGAAUACCACCGUCGCAUCCCAGCUGACGGCUUCUCCCAUUACGCGGAAAGCAUUUGGGACCAAAUUGUCAAUAACAAGGACUUGGAUUUGCCCACACAACAGGAGUUGCUCGCACAAUUCCGUUGUGAUGAGAUUCUGCGCGAAGUCAUGAUUGGAUUCGAUGAGGUGAUCGUUGCGUUUGAAGACAAACAAGCUGAGGCGGUCCGUCUUGGUGCACCCGAGGUUCUCGGCGGAUUGGGUGUGGCCAUGCGCGGUGCGCGCUCCAAGUCCCUGAAGAGCUUUGAGACGGAAGCCAGCAGAUACCACAAAGGUGUUUACCAACGGAAGAGUGCCGAGCUUCAGGGCAAGGUUGAUACCCGCCUCAAGGCACUGUUCCUUGGUCAGCUUUCAGCAGCCCACAAGUCCGGAAUUCGCGAUUUCAGUGAUUCCGUCACGGCCACCGUCAAGGAUGGUCAGAAGAAGGGCAAUAGCUACGACUUUGCUGAGAUUGUUUCGAAGCAAGCCCAGGCUGCGAUUGAAAAAUUCGAGCAGGUUGCACGUUCAACCGUGGUUGACGGCGCUUCCUGGAGUAACUAUAAACAAGAGUUGGGCUUGUACCAAAAAGAGUUGGCUGAAGUCAGUGCGCGACUGCGCCGCGAUGAAAUGAGACGUUUGGCUACCCGUGUAGAGCGGUGGGUGCAAUCUCGGCUGGGCGAAUCAAUUGGCAUUGAGUUCAACGCCCUGGGCUCCGGAAGAGCUGGUGGUGGCGCUCCCGAGAACGGAGAGAAGCCCACUGAGAAAGAUUUCUGGGACCGCAUCUGGAAUCUGUUCGAAGAUACUGUGCUGGACGCCGAGCGCAGAUUCACGGAUCGUGCUAGCAGCUUCGAUGCCAGCCUUGAUGAGGUUGAUGUUGGACUGUGGCGUCUCCGUCGUAAGUCAUGGGGCGUGCUUCGUGCCAAGAUCGACGAGGAAAUGACCGAGGGCAACCUCCUUCUCAAGCUUCGUGAGAAUUUCGAGGACAAGUUCCGCUACGACGAGGCCGGUGUGCCGCGUAUCUGGCGCCCAACAGAUGAUAUCGAGGGAAUUUAUACUCGUGCCCGUGAGUCUACCUUGACCGUGAUUCCUCUUCUUUCCCGAUUCCGUCUGGAGAAGACUACUGCACCGCCCCCACUUGACCGAUGGAUUGGACAUACCCCUAGCACCGCGACAUCUGCGGAUGAAGAGGAUUUGGCACCCAUCGGAGGCGUGGAUGAAGACGAAGGCAAGAGCCUUGAAGAGGAAAUGACAAUCCUCAGUGACUCAAAACGCCAAGAGCUCACUGUGCGGUUCAAGAAGGCCGCGGAUGGCGUCUACGUGGAGGCUAAGCGGAGUGCCAUCGGCGGUAUGACUCAAGUUCCUUUGUAUUUCUAUGGCCUGCUGCUGGCCCUGGGCUGGAACGAGAUUUGGGCUGUUCUCCGCAAUCCAGCCUACUUCUUCCUGCUAUUCGUUUGCGCCAUCGGAGCGUAUAUCACCUAUACACUCAACUUGUGGGGCCCAAUGCUGAAGAUGACGGAGGCUGCAUCUGCGCAAGCUUUGGUAGAAGGCAAGCGCCGCUUGCGGGAGUUCCUCGAGUCUUCCGACACUGGCCGCCAGGCGAUUGCAAUGUCGGCUGGCGAGCGGGCUGGCCCGGACCACAGGCAAGAGCAUGAGAUGUCCGAUAUGCAGAAAGGUGGCUCGAAGGCCGCUGAUGACCUGGACGACAUGUAA